GAACAAGGGGCAAUUGGAUUGGAUGCUCAAAUAAUUAUCUAAAAACUGUAACACAAGUACAUGCUUACAGUCAGAAUAGAUAAGUCUGCUCACAUGCUUCUCUGAUGACUUUUGGAAGCUGAGCAAUUAUUGUGGGUCAUUGUGAGAUGAGAGGGAGGUUUUAGCCUGGGACAGUGCUAGGUGAGGAGGACCAUGGCAUCGCCAAGAGGAGCACUCAUGGAGGUUCUCAAAGGCCAGGCGACUGAAGGACUGAAGCUCAGGUCCAACGUGGUCCGAGUCUUUGUCAGCUCCACAUUUACAGAUAUGAGCAGUGAAAGAAAUGCCUUAUUGGACAAAACCUAUCCUGAACUUCAAGCUUUUUGUCAGAGUCUGGGCUUAGUGUUUGAGGUUGUGGAUAUGAGAUGGGGUCUCCAGGAUGCAAUUGCUGUGGACCACAUGACCACAGAACUGUGUCUUCAGGAAAUCGAGGCCUGCAGGAAAGUAUCCGUAGGACCAAGUUUCAUUGCUCUGCUGGGGAACCGGUAUGGCCACCGCCCUAUCCCCCGUGUCCUCCCAGGAAAACAAUUUGAGGUGCUGCUGUCCAAGCUACCACAGGACCAGGUGGGGCUUCUCCACCAAUGGUUCAGGAAAGACAACAAUGCUGUUCCGCCUGUCUACGUUCUUCAGCCAAUCACAACUCUGUUGCCCCACUACAAUGACCUUCAGCCUGAGAGAAGGCCGCUACAGGAUGACAGUGUCAUUUCCUGGCGCUACACAGAGGCUCGAUUAUUGCAGCUCCUACGCACUGCGGCCGUGCAGGCUGAAAAAGACGGGGAUAUAACGGUUGAACAAAAACACCAGUUCUUCAAAUCUGUGGCGGAGCAUGAGAUAGAGGAGGGUCUGCGAAUUCCAGAUGGGGACGAGAGCGAGCCCUCCGCCAUCCUCUUCGUGCGGGAGCUACCUCACUUGCGUAAGAAGGACGGCCCGAAGCGGCUGGCCCAGUACAUGGAUGUGACGGCUGAUGGCCUGCUGGAUACCGAGGCUCAGGAACUCCUCUCGGGCCUCAAGUCGCGUCUCUUCGCUGCCUCGCCGGGCAUGCUCAACCUGCACAGUGUGGAGUUGUGCAAGGGAGCCAUCGAGCCCAGCUGCAAGGAGCAUGCCCAGUACCUGGAGAGCCUCUGCGAGCAGCUCGUGUCCCAGACGAAGGCCCGCAUUCGCAGGAGGGUUGGUGCUGGUUCGUCAGUGGAGGCUGGUGAAGUGAGGACGAAUGGGGCAAGAGGAGGAGAUGCAAGUCAGAGGAAGGGGGAAGAGGACCGAGGUUGGCUGCUCCAGGAGCUUAGUCACCACAUGGCUUUGAGUGCCGGGAAGUGUUCAGGCGUAUUUCGCGGCAGGGAGGGACUCCUUGGGAAGAUCUGUCUGGCCAUGUGGGAGCACACCAACACCCGCCACACGCCCCUGGUGGUGCAUGGGCCACCAGGUGUGGGAAAGACAACGCUGCUCUGCAAGCUGGCACAGGAGAUGCGUGGCCUCCUGGACCCCAGGGCUGUGGUGGUGCUCAGGUUGCUGGGGACGUCGGCAGAGAGCUCCGACCUGGGCCGUGUCCUCCAGAGUGUCUGUUUCCAGAUCUGCUCUGUGUUCAGUUUGUCACCUCCCACUCCAAUAACAGCACACACGAGUGAGGACCUGGUGAGGUUUUUCCAUGGCCUUCUAGCUGAGGUGUCGGAGCGAGGAGACACACUUCUUCUGAUACUAGACUCCUUGGACCAAUUGUCUUCAGCCACCCAGGGCCAGAAACUCCACUGGCUACCCAAAGACAUCCCCCCCAAUGUCCAUUUGGUGGUGUCCACCGCAGAUACAGGCUCUCCAGUUUUGGCUAACCUUCGGAGAACAGUCGAAGUACCGGGAAAUUUCUUUGAAGUAGAACCCCUAUCAUGUGACCAGGGCAGAGAGAUCAUGAAUGCCUACAUGAGGGAAGUGCAACGAAGCCUGACUCCAGAACAGUGUGAAGUGGUACUGUGUAGCUUUCAGCUGAGUGGAAAUCCUCUGCAUCUGAAGCUACUGCUGGACAUGGCCAGGCGAUGGGCGUCCUAUACACCCGUGACUGACCUGGCCCCGAGCAGUAGUGCACAGGAAGUGAUGUCACAGCUACUCCAGGCCCUUGAGGAGAGGCAUGGGAAGCAACUGGUUGGCGCAGCUUUGGGAUAUAUCGUUUCUGCUAGGGGUAGUCUAUCAGAGGCAGAGCUGCGUGAUAUCUUGUCCCUUGAUGACAAUGUCCUGGCUGAAGUCUACCAGUACUGGCUUCCCCCCAACCACUCCCUCAUCCGCCUCCCCCCUCUACUGUGGGUGCGCCUCAGGCACGACUUGGGAGAACUCCUCGUGGAGGGACAGGCCAAUGGCGUCACGGUGCUCGACUUCCACCACAAGCUGUUGACUGAAACUGUGCGAGAGAGGUACCAGAGGUCAGAGCAGCAGGCUGACAGACACAGGGUCCUUGCUGAGUACUUCUUGGGUAGCUGGAGCCAAGGCCGAUUCAAAGCUGUCCUCCUACCCCCACUGACGACCACAUUGGACGCUGACCGCAAGGUGCCCCCUCAGCCUCUGUGGUUCGCUGAAGGAGUGGCAAAUGUCAAAAAGCUGCAGGAGCUGCCCUACCACCUCCUCCACGCAGGCCUCUGGGAGGAGCUGCGCCAGGAGGUCAUAGGCAGUAGUGAGUGGCUGUACUGUAAGACUCUGACCUGUGGAGUGGCCAGUGUCAUUGAGGACCUGACCCUCUGCACCAAGCUCAUGGACUGCCCCGAGACUCAACUGAUCCGAGACACUUUCAUUCUCCUCAAGCCCACCCUGGACUUUCUAGAUGGCCAGAUGGGUCAGAUGGGUCAGGGGGGGUGGUAUCGUAGACUCUCGUCCCUCUGGCUUGGAACCAGAAACAUUGGCAUUAUACUUGGAUGGGUGGGUGGUUGGGUGAUACUGUAUCAGGAGAGCCUUCUCUUCACACUGUCUCACCAACUAUCUCACUCUGUUCUAAUACUAUGUUUCCUCUCCAAAGACCCCCCCCUCUUCUACACAGAGGUCUUGGCCAGGCUCCACUCCUUCGCUGAGAUGUACCCUUCACUGAUAGGACGACUCUGCUGCCAGUGUCACGACUGGCUCUCGUGCUGUCCCGACCCCAUCCUUGUCCCCAAGUGCACCUUCCUCCAGCCUCCAGGGGGAGCGCUAAAGACGACGCUUGCUGGUUUCCAGAAAGGGGUCACAGCUCUGGAUAUUUGCCCAGAGAGAGGGAUCCUGCUGGCAGGCUCAGAGGACGGGAAGGUGAUUGCCUGGGACCUCAAUGAUCUAGAGGUCAUCCAAACCUUAGUGGGACACACAGCUAAGGUGCUAUCAGUGAGAGUGAUUGACAGCGGCACUCACUGUCUCUCAUUGGCUGCUGACGGGAGUCUGAGGAAGUGGAGCCUGCUGAGUGGCAGGCAGCUGUACUGUACCCAGGAGGCGGUGUCCAUUAACUCCUUACCUUCCACCACACACAUCCAUGUGUCUGAGGAGAGGGCGCUUGUCUUCACUCACUCUGGAGGCCAGGGGAAAGUAUGGCAUCUUAACACAACAGAACUACUCUUCCAAGUCAAAGAUACCGGUGUCUCCAUUAUUCUUGGAUUUUUGAAUGGAAUGGUCGUCUCCCUCUCAGACGGAGGACUUGUCACAUUUUCCCACCCAUCUGCCGAGGACAAGACAGCGCAGAUACAUUUGGAAAAAUCUUCACAUAGUUUGACGCUGACGGCAACCCUUACACUGCAAAGAAAUGGCCGACUACUUAUAGCAUCCAAGGAGGGCUUUCUCUAUCAGGUUUCCAGCACGGUACAGGGCAGACAGUCACAGUGGACUCUGAGACAGACAGUCACAGAGCUUCCAGUCUGUGCAACCUUCCUCUCCGCCUCAGAUGACGAAAGGAUACUUUUGGCAGGCUGUGAGAGGACACUGGUCCUUUUCCAUAGAGAGUCAGACUGUGUCCAGAGCUUCCUGGAUCUGCACCACGAGGACACGGUGUUGUGUGCCUGUGUGUCAAGCGACAGCAGAGUGGUCAUCUCGGGCUCUGAGGACCAGACUAUACGGGUGUGGUCUAUGACCACGGGAAACCUCCUUGACUGUUUCCUUGGCAUGGAUGCCCCUGUCACCACUCUGGCUCUGAAUGAGGGCACUGUCGUCUCCGCCUCCUCCUCAGCCUACUACCUGAAGCUGUGGCAUCUGCCCUCACCCAACAACCCUCAGCAGAGACCCAAUUGCUGCAUUCCAGCCGGGUGCCCUCAGGUUGCCCUCACUAAAGAUGGCGACACGGUAUACUAUGUUAGAAACGUAGGCCAGAAAGAAGUGAUUACAUGGAAUUGUCACACAGGCUCUUCCACUGACACCAUGGCCGUCUCUGCUGAGGUGUGUUGCCUAGAGCUGGCCCAGAACAAGAAACUCCUCUUCUGUGGCCUCACGACUGGCACGGUCCUCAUCUACCCCCUAGCCUUCCCCAAAGAGACCCUGUGCAUCCCACCUCCUGAGACCCUGCCCACGGUGCGCUGCAUGGCCAUUGGCGGCCAGGAGAAGCACAUGGCCGUGGCCUACGAGGACUCAGUGUGUCUGUUUGAGAUCACGGCCAGGGACAGUUUCCCCAGCGUGGAGGGGCCCUCCGCGAGGUUUGCCCUCUCCCUGCUCCACUCGCCCGUCUCCUCCAUGGCCCUGCUCCCAGACUGUAGGCUGCUGUACGGAACGGCCUGUGGGGAGGUCACCAUGUACGACUUCAAGUCCGCCUCAACCGCCACCCUGGAUGGCCACCGCAGCAGGGUCAACUGCGUGACGACCAGCAACUGGGGGACGCACGCCCUGGUGGGCUCAGAGGACGCCGUGCAGAGGCUGUGGGGGCUGACCCCCCUGGUGCUGGAUCACACCAUGGAGUACAAGGGGUUCUUGUUUGAAGGGGUUCUCUGUGCAGCGUUCUCUGGGAGUGACAAGCACGUCUUCACUGGCUCACAGGAUAGAACUAUUAAAGUCUGGGAUGUUGCUAGUGGGAGUCUGUUAUUCGUCCAGUAUGUCUACGCUCCUGUCACCAAAAUGUUGACCUACAGGAAUGGCUUUGUGGCAAUCUCUCAGCUGGGCUACGUCAUCAAGGAAGGAUUCCGCUGUCCGGAUGGCGUCUGUCCGGAAUAUAACCCACUCCGGAACGUCAACGCACACUACAGGGUCACGUCCCGGCAGAAGAGUGCAGACAGCCCUCACAGCGUCAUCACAGAGAUCCCUGAGUACAAUCCCGCUCAGUUUAACUUCAUGGCCCUGAUGCUCAAGAGCAAACCCUCUCACUCAUGCCAACUGUUGUAAGGAAACUGACAUAACAUUACAGACAUAGUGUCAAUUGUAGAGAUCUAGUGUCAUAUACGGUCCUAAGGUGUGCUGCUACUGUAUACAGUAAGUUGACUUCAGUUUCCCACACUGAAUUAUAUGAAAAUAGGGGCUAUGUCUGUCAGCUCAAUUCACUUGCUUUAAAUCAGCUAUGCACAUUACUUAUUAUAAAACAUUCUGUGAAAUGUAGGAAUUUGUGUUAGCACAUGUUCAUCACAUGACACGUAGAGAUGACAAAUAUACAAACUGUUACAAAAUGCCGUGAUUAUGUAUAAAAGCAUCAAUAUGCAGAACAUUUAAGGGCUAGUUGCUGUACAAAGCACACAUGUACACUGAGUGUACAAAACAUUAGGAACACCUGCUCCUUCCAUGACAUAGACUGACCAGGUUAAUCCAGGUGAAAGCUAUGAUUCCUUAUUGAUGUCACUUGCUAAAUCCACUUGUCAUGGAAAUUACCACCAGGGACUCAGUCAAACAUUAAAUUACUCAUUAUUAUCAGUAAACUGGAGAGGUUCCAACCAACUUAAUGCACAAUAGUACACGUUGUUUGGGAGAUCUGCCGGGGCAGUCCCGUUAGUUCUCUUAUAGUUGUAUUUGCAUGAUUUAGCUUAUUCAUAAUUAAUUAAUCAUUAACGUUUGGUUCAUGCAUGUGACCAACCAAUACCUCACAAGGCUUCUUCUCGCCAAGCUAAGACCUUGAAACCGAGAUACCCUUUUCAGUUCUCAAAGCAAUGUUCUGGGCAUACUGCCAAAUUGCUUAUACUGAUUGUGAGGAUACCUCCCAGGCGCGAUCAAUCCGUCAAAUUGGUUCUUAGAAAAGCACAAACCAUAAACUGUUCCUUCACACACUUACAUCAGUGUAGAUGAAGGGGAGGAGAGAGGUUAUAUAAGGAUUUUUAAGCCUUGAGACAAGGAUUGUGUAUGUGUGCCAUUGAGGGUGAAUGGGCAAAACAAAAGAUUGUCUUGCCUUUGAACGGGGUAUGGAAGUAGGUGCCAAGCUCACUUGUGUGAGGGGAUCAAGAACUGCAAAGUUUCCUGUGUGUAUCGAGAAUGGUCCACCACCCAAAGGACAUCCAGCCAACUUGACACAACUGUGGGAAGCAUUGGCGUCAACAUGGGCCAUUCCCUGUGGAACGCUUUCGACACCUUGUAGAGUCCAUGCCUCGACAAAUUGAGGCUGUUCUGAGGGCAAAAGGGGGUGUGUCUCAAUAUUAGGAAGGUGUUCCUAAUGUUUUUUACACUCUGUGUAGAAAUGUUCAUAUUUUGUAGAAUGCUAAAAUAAAAUAUUCUGACAUUUCCUGUUGUUGGAAAUCAUAUAUAAAAUAGUUAUUGUCUUUGCCUUCCGGCGCUCUCUUGAACAAUCUUUUGACAUUAAAGUACAGAGAUUCACAGUGCGUACAGACUACUUCUGUUCAAAGUUGUUGCUAAACAACUCCAAUGGACCAAGAGGAGGGCCCUCUCAUUUAUUAUUGAAGUCCCAGGAAGCAGGGCACCAAACAUUGCUGUCUAGUCUUUCUCUAGUGAAGGAAGUCUCUCUUCCACCAUCUUGUUUUCCCCUCUGUUGGGCCUUUAUACACGGCUUGCAAGAAAAAGACACAAAAACUUGGUACAUGAUGAGAAAUAAGGUUGGGCAUUCUACAAACAUGCCGUACAAUCACUCAUAUUUUCAAGUCCUUUUGAAAGCACCGUCUUUCUGUUUAUUUAGAGAGCAUUGCCUUUCUUUUUUUGUAUAGACAAUUUCCCCCCCCAAAAUUAAUCUUUAACAUAACCAACAUAUUACACAAAAAAAACACACACAUGCAAAACACAAAUACAUAUUUAAAUGAUAUGCUUUUUCAUGGUCAUGAUUAUUUCAAGUGUCCUUAAAGAAACACAAGACUCGUUCCCGAGUCUGUGUUAUUUUUCUCCAGCCUCUUUGCUAACACGAUCUCACGCAACGUUUUAAUCAACAUGUUCAUCCACUCCGUGAACACUAGCUCUUUAGAGCUUUUCCAAUGUCAAGCAUUGCCUUCCUGUUCUCUGUGACUUGUGUAGCUUCCUAUGGGCUUCUGCUUGUUCUCAACUGAACGUAUAUCUUGAAAUGUGAUUAAAUAUAUUAUUGG